AUGGCGAUUCAGAAGAAGAACGGAAAAGGUCGUUUGGAUAAAUGGUAUCGCCUGGCAAAGGAGAAGGGCUACCGUGCUCGUGCUGCGUUCAAGUUGAUUCAGUUGAACAAGAAGUAUGGGUUUCUCGAGAAGAGCAAGGUCUUGCUUGAUCUUUGUGCGGCCCCAGGUUCAUGGUGUCAAGUGGCAGCGGAAUGCAUGCCUGCACAGAGUCUCAUUGUCGGCGUCGAUCUUGCUCCCAUCAAAUCCAUUCCUCGAGUCAUUUCUUUCCAAAGCGACAUCACCACCGAAAAGUGCCGUGCUACGAUCCGGUCGCAUUUGAAACACUGGAAAGCAGACACGGUUCUUCACGACGGUGCGCCCAACGUCGGCACAGCUUGGGUUCAGGAUGCUUUCUCCCAGGCCGAGCUUGUUUUCCGGUCUAAGGAUUACAACCCUCUGCUGUGGGUCUUCAAACAGCUGUUCCAGUCUGUCGAGGCGACCAAGCCUCCUUCGUCGCGUAACGUUUCCGCCGAAAUUUUCGUCGUCUGCCGUGGCUUCAAGGCGCCCAAGCACAUCGAUCCGAAGUUCCUUGACCCCAAGCAUGUCUUUGCCGAAUUGCAAGAUGCGACUCCCAACCAUGAAGCCAAGGUCUUCAACCCAGAGAAGAAGAAGCGAAAGCGUGAGGGUUACGAGGAGGGAGACUACACUCAGCACAAGGAAAUCCCUGUCACCGAGUUUAUCAAUACCAUUGACCCCAUUGCGAUCUUGGGUGGGUACAACAAACUGAGCUUCCAGCAGCCAAUAGGUGGAGAUCUUGCUAUGUCUACUUUGAAUAGGCUGGAGGAAACCACCGACGAGAUCCGAACCUGCUGCGAGGAUCUCAAGAUUCUCGGUAAGAAGGAAUUCCGUAACUUGCUUCGCUGGCGUUUGAAGGUGCGGGAGAAGUUCGGCCUAAGCGUCAAGAAGAAGCAGCAGGAGGAUGGAGAGGGUGAGGAAGUGGCCGAGGUCGCCCCGAUGGACGAGGAGUUGGCCAUUCAAGAAGAUCUCAUGCGCAUGCGCGAGAAGGAGACCGCUCGUAGCAAGAAAGAGCGACGCAAGGAGAACGAGAAGAAGCGCAAAGAGAUAGUUCGAUUGCAGAUGCACAUGACCACACCCAUGGAUAUCGGCAUGGAGCAAAUUGGACCCGGAGGAGAAGACUCCACCUUUUCCCUCAAGCGCGUGGACCGACUAGGUGCCAGAGAUGCUGUGGUCAGUGCCCGCGAUGUGCCCGCUGAAAGCGAGAGCGAGGACGAGUCUGAAUCGGAGGAGGAUAGUGAUGACGACGGCGACCGCCUGGAACGUGAACUCGACGGCAUGUAUGAGAUUUACCAAGAGCGCAUGGAGGAUAGGGAUUCGAAAUUGCGCGCCAAGAAGGCUCGCAAGGACUACGAGGCCGACGAGUGGGAGGGCUUUUCCGAAGACAAUAAGAGCGACGAAGAGGAGGAGGAGGAGGAGGAAGACGACUCCGACGCUGAUCUUUCUGAGAAUGCUGUGCCCAAGUCCGACAGCCUCUCAAAUAAUGCGUCCAUGUUCUUUGAUCAGGAUCUCUUCCAAGGCAUAGGAGAAGAAGAGGAAGAGGAGGAGGAUGAGGAAGAGUCUGAAGAUGAGGACGAGGAAGAGGAGGAUGAAGAAGCAGAGGAAGAGGAUAGCGAGGUGGAAGAAGAGGAAGAGGUCCCAGCCCCGACAUCCAAGUCCAAGGCCAAGAAAGAACCCAAGAAGGAACCCAAGAAGAAGCAAGAGUCCGAAUGGAUCGACUCUGACGAGGAGAUUGAGGAGCCCAAGGAUCCACGCAAGGCCAAUGGCCAGCUGGAUAUCGACAUUAUCACUGCCGAGGCUAUGGCUCUUGCACAGGCGAUGGCUACUGGCGAGAAGAAGUCACAGGAUGUUGUUGACGACGGCUGGCAUCGCUAUUCGUUCCGUGACGUUGAUGGUCUGCCAGAAUGGUUCCUUGACGACGAGGGCCAGCACAGCAAAAUCCAACGACCUAUUACCAAGGCCGCGGCGGCUGCUAUCAAGGAAAAGUUGCGAGCUAUCAACGCUCGUCCCAUCAAGAAGGUGAUGGAGGCCAAGGGGCGCAAGAAGUUCAAGGCUGCCCAGAAGUUGGAGAAGCUGCGCAAGAAGUCUGCCCUCCUGGCCGAUGACGAGGCCCUAACUGAGCGCGACAAGGCGCAGGCCAUCUCGAAGCUGAUGGGCAAGGCUACCAAGAAGAAGCCCAAGCAGCAAGUCAAGCUGGUUGUGGCUCGUGGUGCCAACCGUGGUAUCUCUGGCCGUCCUCGUGGCGUAAAGGGCAAGUACAAGAUUGUGGACUCGCGUAUGAAGAAGGAUAUCCGGGCGCAAAAGCGACUGGCGAAGAAGAAGUCAUGA